GAUUAUCUUAGUAUAACAAAUCAUGAAUACUCGAUUCCCGUGUAUAUGUACAAGAUUAUCUUAAAGUUAGAUGGACGGUCAAGUCUAAGUUCAAAUUUAACUCAAUCACGUAACGCAUAAUUUAAAGCAUUAAACUAGUUAAUAUAGUUAUGGUUGAACCAUUUCUUUGCCUUUCUAUCCACGCCAGGUACUGUAGACCUACGCCAGGGUCCCCAGUCCUCACAUGUGUAGGUCAUUCAUCAUCGUUGAAUUAAUCUUGUAUAUAUACAAGGGAAAUCAGACUAUGUACAUGAAGCAAGGCAGGCCCUCUAACAGCCAACGACCCCAAUUUUUAUGAUAUUACCAAGUCCACCGAUAAAACCCUUCACAAGAUGGAGGAGCGGUUUACCAAACACUUAGUAGAACUUGAAGGCGCUCUCGACAAUAUUCCUGCAUAAAAUGCUUUCUUAAUCAUACUCACAUGAAUCAGAAAUUCAUACCCUUACUUUUGGUUUAAUCAUCUUUCCUUUUUCUGUUAUUUUUACUUCACCUUUUUAUACAGUACUGAAAAUCGUUUUCCUUUUUCUCUUAUAUCAUUGUCAUCAUAUGGGUAACUACAUUAGUACAGUUACAUGCCGUCCGUCUGACACCGCUGGGAAAGUCCUUCUCUGGGACGGCUCCGUGCAGGAGUUUAGCUGGCCCUUGACAGCGGCAGAGCUGAUGCUGGAGCAUCCGCAACACGUUGUUGUGGAGUUCCAGGCGGCAGUUAAUGAGAAGAGGCCGAUUCCAUUGCCAGCUGAUCAGAAACUUGACAUGAACAAGGUUUACGUAAUGAUACCAGUAAAGAGAGGGAAGCCAACCACGUUGUCAUCUGAGGAAGCUCGUCGUGUACAAUUGAGUGCGAAUACCGUGUUGAGAUCGAAAUCUCUUUUGUCGUCCUCGAGGUAUCUUCCUUUGUUUGCAAGGAUUUGUCCCGCAGUUAAUAUUGAAGAGAUACGACAACAGUACCCGUCGCAGAAGACUGAAAACAGCUGCGAGAGGCCAGAGGAAGUUCGAUGUUUGACGGAGUUUUUGCCGGAAAAUGUGGAAGUUAGGCCGGAGUAUUUGAACAGACAAUAUUCAGGCAAGGGAUGGAAACCAAGCUUGGAUACUAUAAAGGAGAAGAAGGUUGAAAGAAAAGUACCGCAUUGGAUGUUUUAAUGCUUACAGCCAGGUUCUGUAAUUGUGAAGGUUAUGAUUUUCUUUUGUCAGUGUUUCAUCUGCCAUGUGUAAAUGAAUGGUAAUUCGUCUUCAUUAUGCAACUAUGUUGAAAUCAUUACAGGGAAAAACAUUUUGUGAUUAUCAACUGGUUUCUCUCUCAUCAUCCUUUAAAACAAUUAAGGAGAAGUUUCU